AUGGCAUCCCCCAGUGCCAGCGGUCUAUUCCUCUUCGGGGACACACCUGGUUCAAUCUUCACCACCAUCAUGCUGUUCCCCUCCGUCCAGUGCGCAGGCGCGGGCAAGACAGAGAGAGUAAACCGGCCAGAGGAGACCACGCCCGCCGUCCCCGUGGGACAUUUACAUCGUGGCAGACGCGCGUGGAAUAUCAUCGUGCACCGACGUGCAGCACCACAUCAUCCACUCUACCAACCAACAACCCAUGUCGUCUCCGGGCCCUCUCUUUCGCUCCAUACGCCGGGCCUCUUUUCCAUCGUCCCACGUCCACGGCCCCGAUGCUAUGCUUCAACUCUGUCAUGA